AUGUCGACGCCAAUCAAAAAAGAGACUGUGGACUGGGAGCCGCUCGCCAUGGACCCUAUCCUGGAAGAGCAGUUUAAAGCGCUCAUCAAGAAAUUAUCAAAGGUGAAGGUGAAGCACCUAACACAUAUUGAUGGUUUCGAUGCCUGGUUGAUUGCCAUUACUGGUGCUCUUGAAACCUUGGGACUGAAAACCUAUCUGGACGAGGAAGCCCGACGUCAUUGUUCGUGUAUCCAGCAAUGGGUUACCGUCUCAAAACAGAUCGCUUCUUGGAUGGAGCAUCAUGUGGACAACACCCUCAUCAGACUCUUGAAGACACGAGGCGAUGCUCUUACCCUUGCGGACACGUUUAUCAACAGAGCAAAGAAGUUAUUCGGAACGGGGCAUAUUGCAAACCAGUUGAGACUGAAAAAAUUUCUGGCCAUCAACCCAGCAGAUUUUUCCUCAAUGUCACAGUUCGUUACGACCUAUGAAGAAAAGUUCAUGUCACUAAGAUCCCAUGAUAUUGAGAUGGCCCCCUAUACAGCGCUACUGGCAAUGCUUUUGCACAUCGAACAGGCUAGCAAGCAGGUGCACGACAAAAUGCAUCUUAUGCUGCAGACGGAGACUGAUUUUGCAAAAUCUGAGAUGGAGAAGAGACGAAAUCGCCCCGUUACCACAGCCGAUCUGGUUACUCUUGAAGUGUUUCAAGACUUUGCCAGCCGUACGGCUACUUUACUCAAGCUCGAUGAAGGCUAUUAA